UUCUUAAUGAAUAAAUCAUUAAAUGACGCGAGUAUUAUAUCCAAUUUCAGGCUUUUAAAUUUUUUAAACAAAAUUUAAAACGUGAAUUUAUUUAAACGUCUUGCACGUGAAGGUAAACCUAGAUAAACUACUCACUCUCGAUGAAUUUUAAAAUUAAAAAAGGAUUAAACGUUUUCAAAGAAAAAGUUUAGCAUGGAUUUAGUGACAAAAAGCAAUAAAGCUGGAUAAAUCAUUUUCUACGUUGAAUUUGAUAAAAUAUAGAAAUAUUCUCACUUGAAAACGGGAAAAAUGAGCGGGUAAAUUUUCGAUUGCUCUGGAUUCGGAAAUAAACAUUUUCGGAUAGUGAAUUUAAAUACUGAGCGUUUUAAACAAAUAAAAAAUGACUUCGUCGGAGAGUGUCCAACUUAUGGCACCAGCGGCCACUAAAAUAACACUUUUGCCGCCAAAGUGCCCUCCCUCCAAGUCGGUUAUAGUAGGGCGUGGGCAACUCCGAGUACCUCGAUCUGUACAACUUCAGUUGGCUCGGAGCUUGACAUUUGGAGUCCUUGGUGACGACAGUAACCUCUACCCGAGUUCGAACUGGGUCUCGGAGAACAGGGACAAUUAUGCCGGCAGGACGGCGGAUGAAGCUGCCCGAACGAAGCCGGACUUUAUGAUUACGUCAUUAGAUACGAGAAAGCACAACCCACAGCCAACGCAGAUUUAUCAUAUUAGGAGAAUUAACAAACAGCCAGUUUGCAACGUUCAGUCAUGGGUAAACGUUGGGGAAAAGAAAGAAGAAAUACCGGAGUCAUCCGUGUACAAGGUUUCAUAUCAGGACCGUCCAUCCCAGCCAGUUAAUAUUGUACACAAACAAGACUUGAAUAAACCUAUAGAAGGAAUAGUUCCAGUUAAUAUCACAGGUAGUAAAUUUGACGUGCGAUCGGAAAUGAUGUUACCGGUUUGUGAUGCCAGUAGGAUGCCAUCUGCGCCAAACCCCCAUCGAUAUCUGUUGAGAAAAAGAAAAGUACCACCGCCUUUUAACACACACACAACAACGUACACAGCAACGUCCGGAAUUGUGUAUCCGAAUCUCGAGCAUUCAAGAAUGACGUCAUACGAUCCCGGAAUGCAACAAACUGGUUCCCUUCCUUUUCCGAACGAAUCACCGCAAACAGUCGUACCAAAGGAAACGUCAGACAGAACCAGCGUGAGCAGUUUGUCUGGUUAUAGUUUCAGCAGACGAAAAUAUAUACAACCGCCCUCGUGUCAUAUUUUUAAAGCACUGCGACCGGAAUCCCCGGUUUGUGUGUCAAGUCUUGCUGGAAAAGAGUUCUCUAGAAGACGGAAAAUAAUUCCGCCUCAUAAAGAGUUAAAUUUAGGUUUUGACGGCGGAAUCGCAGAAACUACCAGUAGGAAUUUUGACGAUAAAUAUUUGCCUUUUAUAAGGGCUAAGACAAUUAUUUAGAGAAUCGAGUUUGUACUUUAUGUUCAACAUAGUAUGUUUUAAAGUUUGUUUAUAUAAUGCAUUUUAUUGUUUUGUUUUAAUGAUAAUUUAUAUAGAACUGCUGCAGGUUUAUAAAGUGUGAUAACUUAUAUCUUAUUUCUAUCAGAUUUGUUUGUUUCAGUUACUUAGUAAUGAAAAAAUAAAUAUACAAUAUUUUG